AUGGCACGCACACGCUCCAAACCCAAGCCCAAACCAACAACCGCGAAAGAAACCACGCCCGAACCUCCGCAAUCCACAACGAAGCCGCUACCACCAUCUACCACCAACCCGCCGAAGCUCUUCGUGCUUCCGAAGGACACGUCGCUUAAGUCGCGCAUAGUAACGCUUGAAAACCCCGCCAAUGGCGCGCCCUCACGGUACUACUUCUGUCCGAGCAUGGGCUUCUACGAGUUCACCCGCAUCGCGGCGCCAAAGAAGGACUGCAAGAGCUGGUUAAUAACACCCAACAAGACAACAGACAAUGAAUUAAAGGACCAACAUGCGAAAGAGGAGACUACCACACAAGAAAUGGACACAGGAGCAGGACUAGGUGGUGGCUAUGUCACCAACAAGGCGGACAUAUUCCUUGCUACACCCAUCGACCUCCUUUUCGUUGUCUUACCUGCGUUGGCACCGAAAGCCGGUGCUAAACAAGGCGAGAAACAGCAUUUCCUCUCGUUUGAAGACCACCUCGACACCCUCGCCUCUAUAUCACGGCAAUGGAAAGUCCUCUUAUCGCAACACCAAGAUCUGAAAGACAUGAUCGAGCGUCGAAUGGCUACAGUAAGCGAUACCGUGACUGCCGGAGGCGAAACCAUGUACCGGCUGUCACACGAGAAGCUCAUCAAGGUGUUAACGAAGAAGGCGGAGCGCAUGUGCGCAAAGGGACUGCCGCCGUCUAUGGAAGAAAAGUUUAUCAAAACAGUACUCGAAGUUCCCGUCAUGAACGUCCUACGGUCAGACACCUUCACCACCACCUCAACCCCAGCCCCCUCAGAUACGCAAACCACUACUUCUUCCCCCAUCCCCGAUUUCUCAUCCCUGGACACGCACCUCGCCUCCCUCGCGAAGCUCCGCGCAGAAGCGCUCGCUUUACGCUCGAUAUCAGACAACAUCUCUCGCAAGCGCGGGCACGAUGAGGACGAGGGCGCGAUCAUGGAGCGCGAGGAGAAAAAGAGGAAAAAGGAGGAGGAAGAGAAGAAGAAGAAGGGGGAGAGUAGGGCGGUCAAGCAGUUGAAAAAGGUAGAUACGAGUGGGAUGAAGAAGUUAAGUAGCUUUUUCACAAAGGCGGGGAAGAAGUCUUGA